AUGAGCUCAUUGGCCGCCUCAUCGUUUGGGAACCCGCCUGCGGGCUACAUCUCACCGAGCUUUCCAUCCCUGCUGUGGACUGCGGAUGACCGUGCGAAUGGCGCCCUUCUGUACUACACUAAGGACAUCGUACGCUUCACUAUAUUCUGGACACUGAUACUCGUGGGGGGCAUGUACGGCGCCGUGGGUCUGAUCGCCGGCUAUUCGCAUCGCAGGAUAACAGGCGGCGUGGGGAUCCUGGCUAUCUACCUGCUGCUGGGCGCGCUGCACGCCAUACUAGGGGGCACAUUCAGCGGAUUAAUAACCGCCGCUAUUUACAGGGCUGCCCUGAUCGCGAUGAGUACUUGGAUUCCGCUUGCAUCCGCAGUCGUACAGGCCCUGUACCUGCUAUGCGCAGCAUUUGUGGCACAAUCCAAGCUGAUAUAG